AUGCUCCCUAAGAAUCAUUAAAAAUCUUAUUAGUAAUUUCAACAAUUUUCAAUUUCAUCAAUUAAAAAUCAUAAACUACUUUAUAAAUUGGUUGCAAGUUUUUAUAAAAAGUGUAAAAUUUGUGGUAAUAUAGUAAAAGAAUACUCUUAAACUUUCAUUAUUUAUAUUAGAAAUCAUUUACAUGAUAAGAGUUUAGAUAUACCUACUUUGAUUUAAGCAUUUUUAACAAUGAGAAAUUUUUUAAUUGAUGAUGAAAAGAUAGUUUUAAUCAUUUUAAAAAUAAUUGCUAGACUAAAAAGAUUAGAUCACUUUUAAAUAGUUUUAUUCUAUUUAGUAUUGUUAAUUCAAAAUGAAAAUGUCAUCUAAAUUAUGCUAUAAAAUUAUCAAAAACUUAAUUAUCAUCCUAACUUAAGAUUAUGUAUAAUACUUUCAUAUUUCUAAUAAUUUAUAUUAAACAGUUUUUAAUAAUAAGAAGAUCAUCUUAUCAAUCUUUUGAUUAUAUUAUAAACUUCCAAAUAAUAAAUACAAUUCAUUUAUUUAUCGAAAUUUAUAUUCUAAUUUGAAUAAAUGAUGUACAAUAUCUAUCCUGAAAUAAUUAACAAACUAUUAAUUUAACUUAAAAUAAUCCAAAAACUCCAUGAAAAAUUAUUCCUCAUUUUUAAAACGGGAUUACUAGAUAUUCAGAUAAAUCUCUGCAAAAAAAAAUAUGAAAACAUUCCAUCUUUAUUAAGUCUGAGAGAAGAUCUAUUUAUAAAUUAUAGAAUCUUAUUACUGUAAAUAAAAUUCCUUUAAUUUUAAAACCAUUCAUUUACGAUGAUAAUUUUAAAGGGAUGGGCAAUAUAUAAAAAUUAAUUGAACUGGGGCAGUUACAUUUUUAUCGAAUUUAAAUGGUCAAAUUUAACUAAAAUUUUUCAAUAAAUUUAUGCAAUUACUGUAUUGUAAUUCAUCAAUAAGGAUACUUGUAAAUACUUUGAAACUCAAGAAGCCAUAGAUUUUGAUUUUUCAUGA